AAAAAAAGGACGUGAAAAGCAGCGAGCUGUGCCGACACCGCAUCGCCACUCUCACCUCCGUGACAAGGCCCAGGUAAGCUAGCGAAGGAGCUCGAUCGAUCGACCGACGGAUCACGGCCAUGGCGAGAGUCGAGGCCGUGGUGGUCUGCCUCCUGAUCAUCGCCAUGGACGUCGUCGCCGGCGUCCUCGGCAUCCACGCGGAGAGAGCGCAGCACCAGGGGAGGCGGCUGAGGAUACUGUUCAUCGAGUGCAGGCAGCCGGUCCGGCAGGCGUACGAGCUCGGCGUCGCGGCGGCCGCCGUGCUGGCGGCGUCGCAAGCCGUCGCGAACGCCGCCGGCGGGUGCUCGUGCGCGUGCUCCGGCGACCGGCGGCCAACGCCCAACCGGAAGAUGGCGUCCUUCGCGCUCGUCAUCUCGUGGAUCGUGGUGGUGGUGGGGUUGGCGCUGCUGAUCCUGGGGGCGCUGCCCAACGCGAAGAGGAAGGCGGCGGAGUGCGGGCUGCCGCGCCACCGCUUCCUCUCCAUCGGCGGCGUCCUCUGCUUCGUCCACGCGCUCUUCUGCCUCGUCUACUACGUCUCCGCCAACGCCGCCAAGCGGGAGGAGGCCCGGUGACCCAUCCAUGCUUGGAUGGAUUUCUCCUGCGCUAACUAGAUCCACACAUGCUUCCGUUGAUUAGCGUUUGUGAUUUGCAAAAUCUCUCUCUCUCUCUCUCUCUCUUCCUUCCGUGCUGCAGAGGAAGGAUGUGAUUUUGCUGGAUGCGUGUAGGGUGAUUGGAAGUUUGGAACAAUCAAAUGGCGCAAAUUA